ACUCUGCGCGCCGGCGGGGGCUGCGCAGGAGGAGCGCUCCGCCCGGCCACCCCGCUCCGCCAGCCGGCGCGGCAACACCUGUUCGCGGCGGCACGCGAGCCCCGGGACGCCGCGGCUCCGCCACCCGCGCUGAGCUAAGGGACCUCGGCCGAGCUGCUGGACAGAAUCCUGGAUACUAGCGUUGGACGCCUAAAGUUUUUUUCCUCUUCUUUAUUUUUUAAAAUUAUUAUUAUUAUUAUUUUGGAAAGCGGGGGUGGGGGUACCGGGAAGGGGAAGAUUUGUCGCUGCCACCAACGUGAGCUUCCCCCCACCUCCCCCAGCACCCCUUGAAGGAUUCGUGCCGAUGCCUGCAGAGUCGGUUAGAGAGUAAAAACAGCGCAUGCCUUCCUGGAGUCUGAUCCGUGAAUUCUGACGUAGCCCGUGCAUCUUAAAAAUCCCCAUAAUAACGCCUAGGCAUUUAAGUUGCUAUGGUCAUUCUGAUCGCAAGGCCAAUGGAGAAACUACGGAUGUUUCUGUUUCCUUAUGACGGUCGGAUGGGAUGAAGACCUUCUUGCCUGCUAAGAGCUGGGGAUGUCUGUAGAGAUGCAUAGAAAUGUUUAUCACUAUGUCAGUGUGUGAGUAUAAAGUGGUGGUUUCUUAGACUAUCAGUGGUUUGACCUUGAACCUGUGCCAGUGAACCAGCAGAUUACUUUUAUUUAUGCAUUUAAUGGAUUGAAGAAAAGACCUUUUUUUUUUCCUCCUCUCCGCAACUGCAGUAAGGGAGGGGAGUUGGAUAUACCUCGCCUAAUAUCUCCUGGGUUUGCAAUCAUCAUUAUUGUUUAUUCUUGUGCUCCGAAAGCCGACUCUUCUUGAUGGCUCCCUUAGGUGAAGUUGGGAACUAUUUCGGUGUGCAGGAUGCGGUACCGUUUGGGAACGUGCCCGUGUUGCCGGUGGACAGCCCGGUUUUGCUAAGUGACCACCUGGGGCAGUCGGAAGCAGGGGGGCUGCCCAGGGGACCCGCAGUCACCGACCUGGAUCAUUUAAAGGGGAUUCUCAGGCGGAGGCAGCUCUACUGCAGGACUGGAUUCCACUUGGAGAUCUUCCCCAAUGGUACUAUCCAGGGAACCCGAAAAGAUCACAGCCGCUUCGGCAUCCUGGAAUUCAUCAGUAUAGCAGUGGGCCUGGUCAGCAUUCGAGGCGUGGACAGCGGACUCUACCUCGGGAUGAAUGAGAAGGGGGAGCUGUAUGGAUCAGAAAAACUAACCCAAGAGUGUGUAUUCAGAGAACAGUUUGAAGAAAAUUGGUAUAACACGUACUCAUCGAACCUGUACAAACACGUGGACACUGGCAGGCGGUACUAUGUCGCAUUAAAUAAAGACGGGAGCCCACGAGAAGGGACCAGGACUAAACGGCACCAGAAAUUCACACAUUUUUUACCUAGACCAGUGGACCCUGACAAAGUACCUGAACUAUAUAAGGAUAUUCUAAACCAAAGUUGACAAAGACAAUUUCUUCACUUGAGCCCUUAAAAAAAAAAAGUAACCACUAUAAAGGUUUCACAUGGUGGGUGUCGUCACCUCAGCUCCACGGUUGCCAAACUUUGUUGCAUGCACGAUGUCUGAUGGAGGCUUGGAUGGAAACAUGCUGGUUUUGUUCUGCACUUAACAGCUCCUCCUCCUGGAGGGCUGCCGGGGGGUCCCUGGCUCCAUGUGUUGUGAAAGAAGGGGCCGGGGGGACUGAGUGAGAGGGGUGUGAGUGAGUGUGUGAGU